AUGCGGCCAGAUUUGGCGUUUAGUGUCGGUAUUGCGAGUAGAUUCACGGAGAGACCAAAUGUAUCUCACUUGGCACCACUUAAAAGAAUCCUACGCUACGUCAAAGAUACUCUUGGUUGCGGAAUUCUUUUUCCUGCAACUGACAUGGGCAGGAAGUACGAAUUGUUCGGUUACAUGAAUUACAAUUGGCACGGAGAUAAAGAUGAUCGAAAGUCUACGACUAGUUAUGUCUUUAUGUUUGAGGGAGCAGCAAUCUCGCGGUGUUCUAAAAAGGAAAAUGUGGUAGAGGAAGUUGUCACACUCUUGGUUGAUAAUGUUUCAACUAUUAGUCUUGCUAAGAAUCUCAUAUCACAUGUGAGAAGCAAACAUAUUGAGAUGAUGUUCAAUUACUUGAGGGAUAUGGUGUCUGCAGGUCAGUUGCGAUUAGGAUAUUGUCGAAGCGAAAAACAAGUUGCGAAUUUGCGAAGGGGAAAUCGAUUGCCCCUAUAUGGAAAAUCAAUCUCUUAA